AUUGACUAAAAUGUCAGAUGACGAAGAUUUGGUAUACGUUAAAAAACAGAAAACGGUUCAUUAUGGAUCACUCGAAGAAGCGGAACGUGCUAGAUUGGCGGCUGUGGCGGAAUCUUCUGAAGAGGAAAAAGAUGCCACGAAUUUGGGAGAUAAUGUCAACGCUGCUUUUGCUUUGGGAAAUAUACACAUAUCGAAUGAAUAUAUGGAACUGGAAGAUGAGAUGUCUAAAGACAGACAAGCACUUUUAGAAGAAUUUGAACGUAGAAAGAAAGCUCGUCAAAUUAAUGUGUCUACAGAUGAUUCAGAAGUAAAGAAAAAUUUGAGACAAUUAGGAGAACCUAUUUGUCUUUUUGGAGAAGGACCUGCAGAUAGGAGAACAAGAUUAAGAGAAUUAUUAGCCAAUUUAGGUGAAGAUGCAAUUAAGAAAAAACACGACGAAGAAGAAAAGCCUUCUCAUCCAAUUGAAAGGGAUACUGAAACAACAUGGUAUCACGAAGGGCCAGAAUCUCUUCAGAUAGCACGUUCUUGGAUUGCUACAUAUUCAUUGCCUAGAGCAAAGGCCAGACUGGAUAAAGCACGGCACGAUUUGGAGCUGCCAACAGCUACACGUACAGCACGCCGUCAAGAGUUACUAAAAAAAUUACAAGCAUUGACAAUUUAUUGUUCUCAAAUUGGUGAUACUAGGCCAAUUUCUUUCUGUCAGUUCAGUCCCAAUUCCAAAGUGCUUGCUACAGCUUCAUGGUCAGGGUUGUGCAAAUUAUGGUCUGUACCUGACUGUACUUUGUUAAGAAUUCUUAAAGGACACACUUGUAAUGUUGGCUGCAUUGUUUUUCAUCCAAAAGCUACUAUUACUGAAGAGGUGGUAGGGGAAAAAGCUGGACAGACUUGUAUCUUGGCGUCCUGUGCUUCUGAUGGAACAGUAAAAUUAUGGAGUGGUGGAUAUGGGGAGGAACCCUUAGCUGAAGUUGAAGGACACGAGCCACAUAGAGUUUCAAGGUUAGCAUUCCAUCCAUCUGGUAGAUUUCUUGGAACAUGCUGCUACGAUGCGUCAUGGAGACUUUGGGACUUGGAACAGCAAGCAGAAGUUUUACAUCAGGAAGGUCAUGCCAGAGCAGUGCAUUGUAUUAGUUUUCAGGUUGAUGGUAGUGUAAGUGCUACAGGUGGUCACGAUUCCUUUGGUCGAGUAUGGGAUCUUCGUACAGGACGGUGCAUAAUGUUUAUGGAAGGUCAUUUGAAAUCUAUAUUUGGUAUCGACUUUUCUCCAAACGGAUUUCACAUAGCAACAGCGAGUGAAGAUAAUACUUGUAAAAUAUGGGAUUUACGAAAAAGGUCUUGCGUGUAUACGAUACCUGCCCAUACUAACUUAUUAUCAGACGUGAAAUAUCAAAGGAUAGAAGGACAGUAUUUGGUAACUUCAUCGUACGACAAUACUGCGAAAAUAUGGUCGAACAAGACCUGGCAACCACUUAAAACGUUACCAGGUCAUGACGGUAAAGUCAUGUGCGUUGAUAUUUCCCCCGAUCAUAAAUUUAUUGGAACCAGUUCAUACGACCGAACGUUUAAAUUGUGGGCUCCUGAAAACAUGUAAAAAUUCUUGACUGAAUAAAGUGUAAUUUAAGG